UACGCCCAGGGAUAGACUGUCCUCAGUGAUAUUCUGUCAGCCUUCAGAGCACUUCACCUGCACAGCAAACACAAAGGGCAUCCCUACAUCUACAAUUCCUGACAUCUUCAUCCCAGACUCUAGGAGCGUGCACUCAACGACAGCCAACAUGGCAUCGGGUGUCCAAGUUGAUGACUCAGUCAUCUCGUUAUUCCAAGAAAUGAAGCUCAAGAAAUCUGGGAAGAAAGUUGUUUUAUUUGGCUUCAGCAGAGAUGAAAAAUGCAUCAUUGUGCAAGAGGGGAAAGAGAUUUCAUCAGAUGACUCUGCUAAUUUUUUUCCACGUUUGAAAGCCUUAUUCCCUGAAAACAAAUGUUGCUAUGCCCUGCUGGAUAUUCACUAUAUUACUGGAGAAUCAAAAAAACAAGACCUGAUUUUUGUUAUGUGGGCUCCUGAGGAUGCACCGAUCAAAGAAAAGCUACUGUUUGCAAGCUCAAAACCCUACUUAAGACAAGCAUUUUCAGGAGUCAACAGGCAGUGGGAGCUUCAUUGUCAGGAAGACCUCACCAUUGAUCAGCUGGCGCAGAAACUCACAAGUGGCAAAAUAAAAUCUUUAGAGGGACAUCUUUUAUAGAUAAUUAGUGCCAGUAACACGCUAGCUGAUUACAGUGGAUCUAAACCCCUUUAAGAAUAAAAAAUAUUUACGACAA